AUGGCUACUCCUUCGGUGCUAGAUACGUCCACACCAGCCACAAACACCGCGGCAACAUCAACAACAACAAAGCUCUACGAAUACAUCGCGUCGUACGAUUUUUCCUCCGAUCUCGAGUUCCGCAAGGGCCUUGGGACGAUUCUUAACCAUCCCGAGACGCCGGCUUCGGAUAGCGAGCUUCUCAGGGACGAUAAUGUUGUUCUGCAAGCGAAAUGCUUCUACAUUUCCAGAAAAAAGAAUGUGUCACCUCCCAUAGACGCCGCCUCGUUUCACAACUGGCUCGUAGAAAACCCCGGCUCUGCAGCAGCAUCACAUGCUCUACAACAACAACCAGAAAACGAACAAACACUUCCACCUUCCUCCUCCAAGUCGAAUACCACCAGUGGCGAGGAUGCCGAACCGACAUACCCGUCGUCAUUCUCCCAUAUUGUUGAGCUCAUAACAACCGGCCAGCCAAUUCCAGGCAUCGAGGAGAUUCCGGACACAGUAUUAUCCGGCCAUGACAAGCCUAGUAAAGCGGAACGAAGGCGUAAGCCUUGGGAAAAGGCUGAGGAGGAGGAUAACAGCAGUUGA